AUGAUACACAAAGGUCGACCAAUACAUACCGAGCAAUUGGACAAGGAACCGAUUGGAAAGGCAGUUCAACAACGCUUGGUAAAAAAAACUAAAAAAUUUUUCAUUAAGGAUCUCAACAUCAUGAGCAACCCACCACUCACGCUAGCCUCCACUACCUCCCAUCCGCAACAAGUUGGGAUCAGUGCAUCCGUUCCAUCCCCUCAAGCUCAACUACCAAAACCUUCCUCAAAACCAUUUCUUACUCCACCUCUUCUUAUUCCGAUUGACUAUUAUAAAACCCUAGAUUUUGUCAAUAAUUUUGCAAUUCAAAUGGUACAGACGAUGAAUUCCUUUGCUUACAGUUGUGAAAGCAAAUUAUCAAAGGUAUCAUCUCAGAUACAGCACGUUGAAAUUGUAUUGUCUUUAUUGGAGAAGAAAUUGCAAUCGAUUGAUGGAAUGAAGGAAAGAAUGGAUCAAUGGUUCACAACAGCAGGAAUGAAUAGCGGAAAUCAAACUGCUUCAUCCACUGGAACCACCAAUAUCAACUUCAAUGUCGAGGUAAAUGCUACAAUUGUACCUCCACCUCCAUCCAUAGCACAUAAUAUUCCUCCCCCACCGGUACUGUCCAGCAAUGGAGGCAUUCCACCUCCUCCUCCACCCUCAAUUCCCAACAGUAGUAUUCCACCGCCUCCUCCUUCAGCAUUGCUCAGUAACACUCCCUCCUCUCCUUCAACGACGAACAACCUUCCAUCGUCGCCAACAACACCCAUUCCGACGCCAGUGACCACCUCAACUGCAGAAAGCCCCGAGUGCAGCAAUCAAGAGGACGUGACUGGAAAUAAUGUUCCCACUUGUGAGCAAGAUCCAAGACUUGCAAAUUACUUUCGUCUUCUCAACAAAAUUGGUGUACCAAAGCCUCAAAUUGCUCGAAAGAUGGAAAUGGAGGGUUUGGAUCCUGGAAUCUUGGACACACCCAAUGCUCCGUCACCACUCGGAGUGUUUACACCACAGAACAGCGAGCACUCAGAGAGUGAUAACGACUCGGAUUAA